AUGUGUCGUAAGUUUGCGAGUCAGGAUGUCAGCCAACGUCGUAAUUUCGUUCAGACCAGUGGGUUGUGUUACAACUGUUUGGGAGCCAACCAUGGGGCGAAAGCUUGUCAGAAUAAGCUGAAGUGUAAGCUUUGCCACCGUCGCCAUCACUCUCUUCUACAUCCUACGGGUACAGAAAAUUACAGUCCACACACGAAUGGUGUUAAUGUUGAAUCGGACGGGAAGGAUAGUUCAAGGGGAUUUGGGCCUAAAGGUGAAGCAGGUAAUGCUGGUAAAUCAUCAGCUUUUGUAGCAUGCAAUUUCUCGACAGGAAAUGUGAAUCAGGUGUUGCUAGCUACGGCGCUAGUCAAUGCCGAGUCGAGGAAUGGCAGUAAUCAGGUUUUAAGAGCCUUACUAGAUCAAGGUUCUGAGGGAAAUUUUGUGACUGAAUCAACCGUGAUUGAUCUGAAGUUGAAAAAGUCGCCUAUACAUGGCACAAUUUCAGGUCUGGGUGGAGACAAUGGCUUAGUCUCCAAGGCUAUGGCUACUAGUUUAGGCUGGAUUUUAUCUGGGAUUGUAAGCUCUCCAGUCAACCAAGCUAGAAGUGUAGUGGCAUUACAUUGUCAAUUACAUGAAGGGGAUGAAUUAUUGAAAAAAUUCUGGGAAAUCGAGUCAGGAAUGGACUUAACAAAGGAACAGACUUACACGGAAGAUGAAAGAAAAUGUGAAGAGAUUUUUACAAAAACUACAACAAGGGAUAAAGAGGGAAGGGGAAAAACAAGAGAUAUAGCAGAGAAAAGACUUCAAAGUUUAGAAAGGCGAUUCGAAAAAAGUGAGAAGUUUCAUAAGAGUUAUAAGGAAGUAAUUGAAGAGUACAUAGAGCUGGGACAUAUAACUGAAGUUCAGAAACCCGAUGUAAACCGUAAUGAAUCAGUUUAUCUACCCCACCACGCGGUAAUAAGAGAGGACAAAGACACCACUAAAAGAGAUGAGAGUGGAGACAUUAAGGAUUACAAGCAUCUCCGAGUUACCUUUGGUACAGCGUCGGCUCCAUUCUUGGCAGUGAGAACUCUCCAACAAGUCGCUAUAGAUGAGGGCACUGAGUAUCCUAUCGCUGCUGAAUUAGUGCCUCAAAAGUUUUAUAUGGAUGAUCUCAUGUGUGGAUGCGAGGAUGUAAAUGAAGGUAUGGAAAUCUAUGGUCAAAUGAAAGGUUUACUUAGGAAAGGAGGAUUUCAAUUACAAAAAUGGGCAAGUAACGAUGAACAACUUAUGAAAUUAAUAGAAAAAGAGGAAAAGAAAGAAGAGAAAAAGAAUGGAAAUCAGGAAUCUAAGGAAAGAAUAAAUAUAAAAAUGGACGAAAUAAUGAAAAUUCUCGGACUAACCUGGGAGAGACGUGCUGAUAAUUUUCGUUACAAGGUUAAUAUUCCAGAUCUACAGCUACCUAUCACAAAAAGGAAAAUCAUUGCCGACAUAUCUCGCUUAUUUGAUCCAUUGGGCUGGAUUACGCCAUGCAUCAUAUUAGCGAAAGCAAUGAUACAGAAGUUGUGGAUUACAGGUAUUGGGUGGGACGAAGAAGUACCUAAGGAAUUAAUGAAGGAAUGGUGUGCUUAUCGAAAUGAAUUGAUGAGUAUAACGGAUGUGAAAAUCCCUAGAUGGGUUGAAACCAGAGCUAAUGAUGUGAAGCGUGAAUUACACGGUUUUUGCGAUGCCUCUAAAAUUGCAUACGCUGCGGUGGUGUAUCUUCGCAUCAUAGAUUCUGACGGUAUAGUGCAUGUAACCUUGAUUGCUGCAAAAUCUAAGGUAGCUCCAAUCAAGCAAGUUUCUAUUCCACGAUUGGAACUCUGUGGUGCUGUGGAACUUACGAGACUGCUGAUAGAUGUCGGUAGAGUAUUGAAAAUAGAGAGCUCGAACGUACAUGCGUGGACCGAUUCGACCAUAGUCUUGGCUUGGCUAAACAGUUUACCUAGUCGAUGGAAAGUGUUUGUGGCGAAUCGUGUAUCAGAAAUACUAACCUCUAUGAAUCCCUAUCAAUGGUCUCAUGUGAAAACUAGCGAAAAUCCCGCAGAUUGUGCCUCGAGAGGAGUAUCUCCUGCCAAUCUUAUAAACCAAUCCUUGUGGUUCAGCGGUCCUAGUUUUCUUAGAUCUAAAAAAGUUGAAUAUAAAAAGCCUACAGAGAUAGAAACAGAAAUGGAAGCAGUAAAGGUACACACAUUAAAAAAGGAAGAAAACAUUUUUGAUAUUUGGGAAAAAUUUUCAUCACUAACAAAAUUGAUUAGAGUUCUAACCUAUUGCAGGAGAUUUUUAAAUUUACAACAAUCAAAGUCUAAUCAACAAUAUAAAGGAUAUUUAAAAUCAGAAGAAUUAAGAGAAACACUAAAAAUAUGCAUAAAAAAGGAUCAAGAAAUUCAUUUUGAAAAAGAAAUAGAAGCAAUUAAUAAGAAAUUUAAUAUUCAGAAAAAUAGUAGAUUAAAAAGUUUGAAUCCGAUAUUAGACGAGAACAAUAUAUUAAGAGUGGGAGGAAGGUUGGAAGAAGCUGAUUUAAGGGAAAAUAAAAAGCAUCCAAUAAUAAUGGCAAAACAUUCUUCACUGACCAAGUUGAUUAUUGUCGAUGCACACAAUCAGACUCUGCACGGUGGACCACAGCUGACACUUAACUAUAUAAGAAAUAAAUAUUUCAUUAUAGGGGCGAAGCAGUUGAUAAAAGCUCACGUCAGAAAGUGCGUUGAAUGUGUGAAAAACAGCGGACGCACAUACCAACAGCUUAUGGGCCAACUUCCUUCAGUUCGAGCAAAACCGGCUCGUCCAUUCCAACACAGUGGAGUGGAUUUUGCAGGGCCCAUCCAAAUGCGUACUGCUCGGGGUCGUGGUCACAAAUCGUACAAAGGAUAUAUAUGCCUUUUUGUAUGUAUGUCCACGAAAGCCGUUCACGUAGAAGCUGUUAGUGAUCUCACAGCUCAGGGCUUUCUCCAAGCAUUUAAAAGGUUUGUGGCAAGAAGAGGUCGUUGUGAGCAUAUCUGGAGCGACAACGGUACCAACUUUGUAGGGGCCACCACAGAAAUAAGAAAACUCUUUGCGGAUGAAAAGGAUGGCAUCUUGGCAGAAAUAGCCGAAAAUUUAGCCAAUAAUUGUACGACCUGGCACUUCAUUCCGCCACAUGCACCUAAUUUCGGGGGAUUGUGGGAGGCGGGAGUUAAGUCCGUCAAACACCACUUAAAACGUGUGAUUGGAACUUCCACUUUAACCUUCGAAGAGAUGGCGACGCUAAUCAUGACGGCCGUGAUAAACUUCUUAUUCUUAUCUUAUCUUGUGGUUUGCAUCGCGCUGUCCGCUGACGGUCGCCGAAUUCCUGCCCUGAACGCCCUGUCGCCGGCACGAGACGAAGACCGCGACAACCUUGUACCGGAUCAAGACAAUGAAGAAAGUGCAUUGGCCAUCGAAGAUACCGCUGGUAGAGUAGAGGUGCUCUCCAUUCGUGUUGCUAUAGACUAG